GCAGCCAGAGCGAGCGGAGCCGCGGCCAGCUCUGGGGGGCGGGCGCUGGAGCGCAGCGCCGCGCAGCCCUAUCCGUCCGCGGAGCGGACUCAACUGGAAGCCGAGCGCUGCCGCGGGAGGCGGGCGAUGGGGGCAGGUGCCGCGGGCUGCGCCAUGGACGGGCCGCGCCCGCUGCUGCUGCUGUUGCCGCUGCUCCUGGGGGUGUCCCUUGGAGGUGCCAAGGAGGCAUGUCCCACGGGCCUGUUCACCCACAGCGGCGAGUGCUGUAAAGCCUGCAACCUGGGAGAGGGCGUAGCCCAGCCUUGCGGAGCCAACCAGACCGUGUGUGAGCCCUGCCUGGACAGCGUGACCUUCUCGGACGUGGUGAGCGCCACGGAGCCGUGCAAGCCGUGCACCGAGUGUGUGGGCCUGCAGAGCAUGUCGGCGCCGUGCGUGGAGGCCGACGACGCCGUGUGUCGCUGCGCCUACGGCUACUACCAGGACGAGACGACGGGCCGCUGCGAGGCGUGCCGCGUGUGCGAGGCGGGCUCUGGCCUGGUGUUCUCGUGCCAGGACCGGCAGAACACCGUGUGCGAGGAGUGUCCCGACGGCACGUACUCGGACGAGGCCAACCACGUGGACCCGUGCCUGCCCUGCACCGUGUGCGAGGACACCGAGCGCCAGCUGCGCGAGUGCACGCGCUGGGCCGACGCCGAGUGCGAGGAGAUCCCUGGCCGUUGGAUUACUCGGUCUACACCUUCGGAGGGCUCGGACAGCACCGCCCCCAGCACGGAGGAGCCAGAGGUACCUCCAGAGCAAGACCUCAUAGCCAGCACGGUGGCCGAUGUGGUGACCACAGUGAUGGGCAGCUCUCAGCCCGUAGUGACCCGAGGCACCGCCGACAACCUCAUCCCUGUCUACUGUUCCAUCCUGGCCGCUGUGGUUGUGGGCCUGGUGGCCUACAUUGCCUUCAAGAGGUGGAACAGCUGCAAACAGGACAAGCAAGGCGCCAACAGCCGGCCCGUGAACCAGACGCCCCCGCCCGAGGGAGAAAAGCUCCACAGUGACAGUGGCAUCUCUGUGGACAGCCAGAGCCUGCAUGACCAGCAGUCCCACACGCAGACGGCCGCCGGCCAGGCCCUCAAGGGGGACGGAGGUCUCUACAGCAGCCUGCCGUCAGCCAAGCGGGAGGAGGUAGAGAAACUGCUCAACGGCUCUGCGGGGGACACGUGGCGGCACCUGGCGGGCGAGCUGGGCUACCAGCCUGAGCACAUAGACUCCUUCACCCGCGAGGCCUGCCCAGCCCGGGCCCUGCUCGCCAGCUGGGCCGCCCAGGACAGCGCGACGCUCGACGCCCUCCUGGCCGCCCUGCGCCGCAUCCAGCGGGCCGACAUCGUCGAGAGCCUGUGCAGCGAGUCCACGGCCACGUCCCCGGUGUGAGCCGACCCGGAGCCCCCCCCCGCCCUGCCCCCACAUUCCGAUGACUGAUGCUCCAGCCAACCCCCACGGGCCAGCGUCAGAGCUGAGCUCCUCUGGGCAGGGCCUCGGAGCCCGGACCCCUCCACCACAGCCCUGGCCUUGCUCCCGUGGGGCCCCCCUCGCUUCUGCUCACUCUCUCCAGUGCCGGAAGUGCCCCUGUCGCCUCUCCCGCCCUGCCCCUGCUCAUCACCUCUCAAACCUUCUGCUCCCUUCUUCUCCCGGCACUUCUAUAGGUGGGCCAGUCCCCCCCGCCCCCCCCGCCCCGCCGCCCCCGACCUCGACCUCAGCAGGUGUCGGGCCUGGGGGGCUGACACCAAGGACGGUGUUGGGGGUGAUGACAAAGCCCCAGAGACUCAAAGGGAGAGACUGAGGAACCAGAGCCAUGGGCUCUACACUGUGAACUUGGGGAAUGAGGGACCAUCAUUGUGGCCUACAUCCUCCCUCAGCCCCCUCACUCCCCUCUCUGGCCCAAGACGAAGAUGGUCAGAGGCUUGUUAGAGCUGGAAGGGGGGUUUUGAAAUCUGGUCCGCCCCCACCCCUUGUUUUUUAUACAGGACAGUCGGGCCCAGAGAGGGAGUGGCUUGUCCAAAGCGCCCCAGCAAUGGAGAGGCCAAAUGUGGGCUGCCCCCCCCACCCCACUCUCUGAAUUAGGGGGUGUGGCCCUCAGGUUUACGUGAGCCUGAGAGCCGGGGGCAGGCGACCCUCUGGGAAAUGUCUCAAAGCCAAAUCCAGCCUGCCCUCCACUAUCUCCAGGCCCGUCCAACCCCCGUGGAGAUGGGAUGCUGUGCCCAAGGCCUGGCCCGUUGAUCCGUCUCGAUCAGUGAUGGAUUUGAUCGAGCGUGCUUUGGGGUUUGUGCUUCCCUUUGCUGAUUCCCCGCUCAGGCACGUCCGCGUGGCACCCGUGGUGCGGCCCAGCCGGCCGGGUGCCCUCCAUGCGGGCACAGACCAAAGCCAGCGGAGGCAGUGUCUUCUAGAGCCGGCCCCGGGGGCCAGGGACUAAGGACCCCCCACCUGCAACAAACAGAUACAGAGACACAGAGAGGAUGAGAAAUCCCGCUUUUUUCCACAAGUUCUUUCCCUUGGGCCGGGGCCGGCUCCUGCCCAGGGCAGCUGCCAGAGAAGCACGGGGAGGGGGGAAUUGGGAGUCAGCUUGCUCCGUUCCCUCGCCCCUGGUCUGGCGGGCCAAAGACGGCUGAGGCCCGAGCUGGCGUCUGCCUUCCGAGGGCCUGCACGCGGAGGAAUGCACCCCCAUCCUCCCCUUUCCUGCAAGUGUGGGUUUGGCUGGGCUCCGGAGGUUGCAGUGGAGAAGAGUGGACCCGGGUGGGAAUGCAGCAACAAGGAACAGAGGUCGCCUGCGGCCCCGCACAGGGCCUCUCCCGAGUUCAAAGGACCCCGCAAAGGACUGUUUGUUCCCUAGCUUGGUGCCAGAAAGGGGCCAUGAGGUCUCCUGAGGUCCUUCCUGGCCUGUUCUGUUUUGCUUGAUGUUGGAAUGAGUGUGGCGCCCCCUCUAUUUAGCAUGAACGAGCCCCCACCACCCAUCCCCGAGCCCCAGGCAGGCUGUGCGCUGACAGGCACCCCUGUGCCGCCCAGGGUUCUCCCGACUCCGUGUAAGGGACUGGGGGCAUUGUAAGUAGAUGGCAUUUCUCCGACCUCAACCUGAUGGGAGGAGGAAACUCACCUGCUGGCCCCUCACCUGUGCACCUGAGAGCGGGACAGAAUCUGAGUGUAUUUAUUUUCCUCCCCAGCAGCUGGGGAGGGGGUUGGGCACCGCAAGUAUGUUUUAGCAUGUGUUUGGUUCUGGGGCCCCUCCUGCCUCCCUUUGGGCAGAGGUGAAACCCUUUUGCCCUUCUCCGCGCCCCCCCCCCUCCCGCCAACCUCCGCCACCAGCUGGGGGCUGUGAGCUCCAGACUCCCUGUCAUGUCCCCCUUGCAUCCUGUGUAAUCAUUUCUUGGGCCUUCCUAAACCUACACAUAAAACAUAAAUGAUGAGCAUUAAAUAGCAAA